AUGGUUUCUGGAAUCAUUUAUGGAGAGCACACAUCUCCAGUCCCAGUAGAUAGGCUAUGGAAGGCAACAUUCUGUGAUGGCCAUAACCUGGUGCCUAAGCUUAUGCCUGGGAUCAUUUCAAGCGUUGUUAUACUUGAAGGAGAUGGUAUUGGGGUUGGUAGCAUCAAGAAAUUCAACUUCACCGAUGCUGUCAAGGAGUUUAGCUAUGUUAAGGAUCGUGUGGAGGUGAUGGACCAAGAGAAUCAUAUAUUCAAGUAUUCUAUCAUUGAAGGUGGUGUUCUUGGUGUCAAAGUGAAGUCCUUCUUUGCUGAGGUUGGUCUCACAUCAACUAAUGAAGGAGGAUGCUUGGCCAAGCUGAAAAUUGAAUAUGAACCAAUUGGGGACAGCUUACUAUCCGAGGAAGAUGCCAAUGAUGUAACGAAAGGAGUCCUGGCCAUGGUGAAGGCUGUUGACGCUUACCUGGUGGCAAACCCUUCUGCUUAUGCAUGA